GUGGUGGCACUCAUUAUGGAUACCAUUCAGGAAAUUGAAUUAACGACGGCCUUUGAGCACGAAUGCGAAUCGAAGCCUCGCGGACUGUUUGAUUCAAACGAUGUGUCGUAUGACGCAAAUAACCGUUCCGGUAAAUGAAGAAUCUUUACCGGUUUUUUGCUCGGAAACCAGUUUGAAAGAAAAAUGCGACACCAAAAUGGUAGUCUAUAGUCGAAAUUGUUACAAUUUCAGAGCCGAUCAGUUAAUCGUGCGCAAUGACUCGAUCAGGAUUGAUCGCCGAAGCAGGACUGCUAGUGCUAAGUGUUAUUGUAAACAUAUGCAGCGCAGCCAACGAGUUGUACGAUACGGAACACUACAUCACCAAGUACGGGAUCAACGCAUCUCGUUACCGGGCAACCACUGCAGAUGGAUACAAGUUAGCCUUGUUUAGACUCCGGCCGGCCGGAGAAGUGCUUGGAGUUGCCCUGCUACAACACGGAAAUCGUGAGACAUCUGCCGACUGGUUGCGGCAUUCCUCGAACCUCCCAUCGCAACUGCUAACCGCAGGAAUUGAAGUCUGGCUUGCCAAUUCCAGGCUGUCACCGGAAAGUUGGCCAGCAGGACGUAACACUUCGGCGGAAUUUUGGGAUUUCAGCUUCCACGAAAUCGGUAUCUACGACCUGGCCACAACCGUGGAUGUGGCACUCAACAUUUCCGCUCGACAGCAAAUCCACGUGAUUGGCUUUUCGGAAGGAUCUACAGCUGCCCUUGUGCUACUGUCCGAGCGACCAGAGUACAACGGAAGAGUCGCUUCUUUGAAUCUGAUGGCUCCGGCAGCCUACAUGGCUCGCAGCAAAUUCAAAGCCAUCGCCCAAACAGCGGAAAUUGUGCGCAUCUUUGCACCGAAAUACUACGAAACCCUACACGACAACAACUACGUUCGGGGUAGCAGCCGGAAGCAGCUGGAACACUACGGUCAGCUGAUCAUCUCCGGACGAUUCCGCCAGUACAACUACGGUUCCCAGCUAAACCUGAAGCAUUAUGGAUCCAAGCUAGCACCGGACUACCGGCUCUGGCAGAUCACCAUCCCAGUUGCGCUGCACUACGGGUGUCUCGAUGUGACCGUCAAUCCGACUGAUGUGGAACAACUGGGGAAAGUGCUGAGCAAGAAUACCAGUGUGCGGUUUUUCCGCUACGAUGCGUUAGAUCAUCAGGAUUUUACAGCCCGAUCCGAAGCAUCCAAGCUGGUUUACCCGAACAUAGUAAACGACAUUAGAUCAUUUAAUCAAUCGAACCAAUCUGUGUUGUGAGUGAGUGAGACGCAUAUGGAGUAUUGCCCUACGGAGUAUGAAAUUGUCACAGGUUUGGAAAUUUGCUCGCUGCCAUAGUCGGAGAACGAUUGUAUUCCAGUUUUUAAAGACGUUUGGGGAAAACCAUAUGGAUGUGAGAAAGUUCGUUGUCCUAAAUGAAGUUUCGUUUGGCAGUGGUCUUCGUUGUGAUGAUAGAAUUUUUAAUAUUGAAUAUUCAUAAGAAAUAUGUUGGCAAAAAAAACUUCAUUCAUACUUGUGACUAAGGGUAAAAAAGUAGUAAAAUAUUCGUCUGAAAUGAUGAUGACGUUAUCUAGUUGAGAAAUUAAAAAACAAAUUUCAAAAUGUAUUUCUCCAUUUUCUCACCAAGUAUUAUACCUACUUACCAUCGUAUCGAUAUCCUGCAACUUAAGCAUACAAAGUAAAAUUUGAUUAUUUUUUAAUAAUUAUAUAACCCUAUAUUGACAAAAAUUCACUUUUAUUUUGACAAUACCAAACACAAACACUCUACAAUAACUUUACAAUAAUUAGAUGAAUCAAAUCAACCGAGUGUAUGAAAUAAAACUACCGAUUUUUCAGUCAA